UUCAUCUCCUUCAACAUAUUUUGUGUUUUAGAGACUUGACAGUUCAUUAAAGGUUGAUCAAUUUUAAUGCUAAAAACAUUCUUGUAUCAGAUGAAUGAAGGAACUUGACAGAACAGGUUUGUCUUGGCGUGUAACAUUCUGAGAACAAGUGAAGCAUUUUCACAGCAAGUGCUCUGCGAAAGUGGCAGUUCACAGAAACAAUGAAAGCAAGCUUUAAAGAAAUGCGGCAAAAAAGGCAAGUGAGGGAUGGUACUGUGGAGUCCCUCACUUCUGAUUUAACAGAAGAGAAAAGUAAGCGGCUCUGUGCUUUGCUGGGGAACGUGGAACUGUCUCUUCUCUACAAAGCUUCAGUUCAUGGAUAUCAAGCUCCUGCCUUCCACCAGAGAUGUGACCGUCAGGGUCCCACUUUACUCGUAGCCUACAACCGUUCAGGCUACAUCUUUGGUGGAUACACUAGUGUGGAUUAUGCUCAGAGUGGGCAGUAUAUUACUGAUGAGGACAUAUUCGUGUUCAGUUUUCAGGGCAAGAUCCCCAUUUGCAUCAAAAUUAACAGUGGAAAUUAUGCACGUGUUGAUGAUGCUGGAGUGCCCAACUUUGGUCAACAGCUGUACUUUUGCUACAACAACCAACCAGUUGUGUAUAACUCGGGAGGCAAUGCAUUCAGUGUUAAUACCACAACAAUGUAUGGGAACGACACUCAAUUGAGUGAAUGUGAGGUGUACAAAGUGGAGCAAAGCUCUCAAGUCAGUACUGAGGGGAAACCUUGGAGGAAUGUUCUGUGGACAGCGGAGCGAAAAGAUGAGCUCAUGGAAACGAUCAGGAACCAUAAACCUGUGAUGGCAUCGGUGAGUCGAGUCCGAAUCCUAAUGAUCGGUCCUGUAGGAGCUGGAAAAUCCAGUUUCUUCAACUCCAUCAACUCCAUCUUCAUGGGCCGCAUUACCAGCAAAGCCAUAUCAGGAUCUGCAGGCACUAGCCUCACCACACAGUUUCGCACAUAUCCAGUGAAUGACGGCCGUGAGGGAAAACCAUUGCCAUUUGUGUUGUGUGACACCAUGGGACUCGAGGAGCAAACAGGUGCAGGACUGGAUAUUGAGGACAUCAGCAGCAUUCUUCAAGGACACGUACCUGACCGCUAUAAAUUCAACCCCACAACACCGUUUCAAGCUGAUGAGCAGAAGUCUUCCAGACCUGCAUCUCUUCAGGAGAAGAUCCACUGUGUGGUGUAUGUGAUAGAUGCCACCAAAAUCUCCCUCAUGUCUGACAAACUACAGGAAAAACUGGCUUCCAUACGCAGAAAAGUGAACUCACGGGGCAUCGCUCAGAUCGUCUUGAUGACAAAAGUAGAUGAAGCAUGUCCUCUAGUGGAGGAAAAUCUUCAAAGUGUUUAUGUCAGUUCCUACAUCAAGUCGAAGGUGCAGGAGGUGAGCUCUGGGUUGGGUGUGCCGGUGUCUUGUGUGUUACCGGUGAAGAACUACAGUCAGGAGCUGGAGCUGGAGCUCAACUGUGACGUCCUGCUGCUCACCGCUCUACAGCAGAUGCUCAACUUCGCAGACGACUAUCUGGAUGAUGCUGGUCAAAUGGAGGACAAUAUAUAUAUAUAGAUUUGGGUAAUGUGGUUUCAGUUGAGACUAGAAUGUAGUAGAAAAUAUGGGUAUGGUCAAUUAAGUAAUUUGAUGGUAAUCUGUAACAACUGUAGUCAAAUCUGUUAGUUACUUAUUGUGGCAAUAAUUAAGCAACCAAACUGCUUUAAAAGUAAUAAUAGAAUGGUGAGUGGGUGGUACUAAAAACUGUUAACAUGCACUGUUAACAGUUAUAUAUAUAGAUCAGUGUUAAAAACACAUUUUCCACAAAAUGUACGUUAUUUUUACUCCUCUAUGCCCCGCCUUCUGAAAUGUAUUGAUUUUUACAAAGCUCAUCGGUCUGAAAAGCGAGGUGUGCUCUGAUUGGCUAGCUGUCUAGUACGUUGUUUUUUGGCUGAAUAAAACCCAUUACAAACAAGGCAUUUGUUGCAUCCAGUGGGGACAUAAUUACUUUUUUUUUUUUUUUUUUUUACACAUUACGUAUCCCGCAGUGUAAACACAAAACCAGGUUCCAUGUCUGCAUUUGUAAUCGGAGAAAUGAGAAACAACAAGCUGUACUCUACACUGCUCAGAACUAACGUUUGAAUCAUCAGCCUUUGUGUGUAGACCGCAUUGUAGCCUACUUUGCAGGUUCAGAAAAAUAGUACUCCAUAAAAUGAGCUGCACACAUCUGAAUAUUUGGGUUGAACUGUUCUGGAACAGUGUUGUAAAUACAACUUAACCACUGAUUUCAAGUUGUGUCCUCUUUUGGAAGACCAAAGAAAGUAUUUUCGCUUCAGAAAAUGAAAAUAAGGGACGAGUGUGAUUCUUUAUCAGAAAAUAAGGGACAGAAAAUAUUUGUUCUGUACCACAGUGUGUCAUUUCCGUUUCUACAGUUAUGUGUAUAAAACAUUGUCAAAAAAUAAUCAC